GAUUUAAUUUUUGGUUCCCAUUGCAAUCAGCGCAGCCACGGAACUAAUUUCAGUUACACGGACAUUUUACUGUGGCGGACCAAACAUGGCCUCGGUCCGAAGCGCAACAUUUUCUCUCCGUCUGCUUAGGAGUUCUUCUCAUUACCUGUUCAACUUUAAGAAACCUGCUCUUCAAAAACUUGUAAAGUUUAGAAAUGUCCUGUACGCUAGUGUAGCAUCUUUAACUGUAGGAACAGGGCUCUGUGCCAUACCCUUCAAACAGGUGGAAAACCUCUCUCACGAUACUCUGAUCAGACGAGCAGCCUCUUUGGUCACAGACAGUUCAAGCACUUUCCUCUCACAGACCACUUUGGCUCUUAUAGAUGCCAUCGCAGAAUAUUCUAAAGCCGUGCACACACUCAUCGCUGUCCACAAACGUUACCUGGACUUGCUGGGAAAACUGAGUCCAGCAGAAGAGGAUUCAGUCUGGCAGGUGAUCAUUGGCCAGCGAGCACAGGUCGAUGACAGAUGGAAUGAAUGCAAGCGUUUCGAGUCGACCUGGGUCAGUGCGCUCAGAUUGUGUGAAACGGCAGCCGAGGCGGCGUACACAUCAGGAGCGGAACAUGCAUCCAUCACUGUGAGAACACACAUUCAGGUGGCUCAGUCUCAGGUGGACGAGGCGCAGAAACUGUCUCUGGAUGCAGAGAAGAAGUUAGCUGAGACUAAAGUCAUGGAGGUUGAAAGGAUGGCUCAGCAUGCUGUGUCUUCACAGAGUCAUAACGAUGAGGACGAGGUUCCUGACGCCUAUCUGAGAGAAGACUGAAGGCUGUCGGUACACAGCCACAGUACUGCACUGGGCUCUGUCAGUUGUUUUGUCUCAUUAAUGGAUAAUUGGAAAUAAAUACCAAAAUGAGUUUCAAUCUUUCACUGUUAUUCACACUGAAUUCUGUGCUUUCAAUAUAUUCAAAAUUAAGCAGAGUAUUUUGUUGUUAAAAAAGCUAAUUUCAUGGAAUAAUUUAUUGCGUUGUGUUUUAUGUAUUGUUUGAUAGCUUAAUUUUAGAUGCUUGACACAUUAAAGAAAUAUAAUAAAUAAUCCAAAUGUGACAGUGCGACCUAAAAGACCAUUUUUAAAACAGUAAUCUUUAACUGUUGAUGGGCCGAUGGGCCACUGCUUGUGGGCCGAAUCUUGCCCAUCAAACUGUCCAAUCCAACCUGUGGACUGGAUCCCAAAGUUGUAAGAUUUCAAAGAGGAAAUAUUGUGGAAAUAUUGUGAGUCAGGUGCCACAGCGUUGUUGCUUGUUCAGUUUUUGUUGGUGAUUGUCCCGUUGACUUCCAGUCUCCUAUCAUGAUCUUUGAUCAUUUUCUAUAAAGUCCGUGUGGCUCUA